ACGUACGCCGUACACACACACAUGAUGCUGUUUUUGUUGUGCAGCUAGCAGAAGGAAUAAUGGCAUGGCACGAGAGACAUUUGUAGACAAAAUGAACCCCAAAUCGAUCAUGUGAACACCCAUUUUUUUGACUUGGCAUCUUAUCCAUGUUAGGAAGACCACGUCCCCCAAAAAGAUGCCUUUCGUCAACAGAAGAGUGGAGCCUCUUUACGUGAGCAACAAAGUCCUACCGAACGGAUGUUCUACGGAGUUGGAAAAUGUUUCCAAUAACAGCCUGGCAAAUUUGGUCAGACAGUUAGCACAUAUCGCCGACCACGCCACCAGUAUUUUCGAUGAGAUUUGCGCCGAGUCCCGGGACAUUUACGACCGUUCAACCCGCCUGACGGUCCGUGCAGCCAACUUGGAGGAUAUAUUAGGAACUCUUGAUGCAAGGGCUGUGAAAGUUCCUGUGUCCACCCUGUGUGAUUUUAAGACCCUCAGAGAUCAUUACCGUUACCGUACACCAGUGCAGAACAAUCUCAUUACCCCGGCCUCUAGGAGUCAAUGCAUCCAGGUCCAAUACAGCCAAGCAAGCACUGAUUUGAAGGACAUCUUUGAGAAGUUGAAGGAGUACCAUGAAGAUGAAGUCACCGUCUCCAAUCUCUGCCAGAGCAUCAGUCUCUCCAGACUCAACUGUGACACGGACUCCUCCGAGUAUGACAUUGAGUUUCCGAGAGAUUCGCUUGAGAAGAGACGACGCAAACCACUCCUCCCGUACUCUAAGCUACCAUCCAGGCCCCGGUCGGAAGGUGACCUCCUCGAUGACUACAUCCCUCCAAACCGCGGCACCCUCCCGACACCGGAGGAAGUCAUGCGUAAGAACAUCGCCCAGUCGUCUGUUGUCAGUGUGGACACCUCGGGGACAGGUUUUGAGCGGAUGCAGACUUUCCGUCGAUCCCUCACGGCGAUGGGUCGCAAACUGGAGAAGGCGAAGAAGAAACGCUGGCGGAGAACGGUGUCUGGGAUUCCGGACGAGGUUCAAGCGGAGCUCCAGGUCGAGUCCGCCUCAGGGGACGAACGCUCCACCGACCCGGAGAGCAACUUUGAGGAACUGAAGACGCUUAGUCUUGACCGGCGGGCAUUCCGGCAGGUCAAGCCUAAAGAGUCGCCGGCGGGCAUCGCCGUGAUUCAACCUGUCAGGACUCGACGGAGGCCGAAGUCGCUGCGGCUUCCUGGUCCCAUCAUCUUCCCCGGUCUCCAGCAGUGGAGAGAGAGCCACAUGAAGCAUCAGGAGAAGAAGGCACAGGAAAAGUUAGCUGGGAGGAAUCGACACUCGGUGGCUUUACCUCUGCAGGACUCUGUCCCAACGCCAAGUCCAAGUCAAGGUUAUUCCUCAAGUUCUGAUAUAAUCUGGCCUGGACCACCCCGAAGACGACCACAUUCAUUAGCCAUUCCACCGGGAUCCCUUCCCCAAUCCCAAAUCGCUUCGUUGGUUCCCCUAUCCCCAGCCCAAGCCUCCAACAAAACUGUCUACGUCUCCUCAAACAAGCAAGUACCGAAUGCUGUCAUCUCAUCCAGUGCCACUACGGUCACUAUAAACACACGGACAGCGAACAAUAGUAGCGGGGACGCAGAGACUGGUCUCCCGAUAAACACGCUACAGAGAAACUUCCCAACAACGAAGGUCCGGUUACGAAACUCCAAGUCAUCGGCAAGAAAGGAAGAACGUCAGUCCAGUUCUGGCAACUGGAGUGGAACAGACAGUGCAAGGACCUCCAUGAACUCUGACCUCGGAAACGCCCUUUCGUAUGAAUUUUUGAGCUCGACGACAACAUCACCAUCAGAUUCGGCAGUUUCUCUGUCGAGUGAGAAUUUAAGUUUCCCCAAGUUCAACGGCGGUUUGAGGAGCCUGGAUCGGAAGCAUAGCCGUGGGAAAUCGGAUCGCCCCAGCAGUCUGUCCUACGCUUCGACGGGGGAUUCCAGCAGCGGUUCCUCGACCCCGACGAACAGUCCAAACAACGUACUGAGCGGUUUCACUCAGAUGGACACAGACUCGUGGCUGCAGAGCGUCGGGGCGGCCACCGAUCGUCGAAUGCCACCAGAGGCCGGGAAUGUGUCCCUGGUAAGGAAAUCUCCGGAAGGCCACUGCGAAGUGAUCUUCACCUCAGAUAACUUAUCUGAUUCGUCAUCGUCGUCUGAGAACCCCGCCAGCUCAACAGCAUUCUCCGAUAACGGUAGCAUCGACCUGGAAGUCUACCUCGCAGACAUCAACAGUGACUACAUCGACUCUGACAGCACAUCAGGUCACUCAGUCGACCAUGAGGGAUACUGGACGUCCAUGCACUCUGACUGUGGCCUUCCAAGCCGUCGCCUUAGUAAAAAACGCAGGUCGAGUCUCACAAAAGAGCCGCUGUCUGUUAACUUAAACCAGGGUAAAGAUCCACCCGCAGUCCUGUCUAAACACAAAAGGACGUCAUUGGCUGUUGCGCCACCUGUUAUGCCCAAAUCGUCCAAUCAAAGGAGGCCGCCUCCUCCACCAAUCAGAGUGGAGUCUGUGGUUGCAGACGAAUUGAGCAGUACUCCGAACACACCUGUGAAUCAGAACAAAGCAGGAGGUCAUCAUCUGCUGCCCUUAAUCCUCUCCGAAGACAACCGUAGCAUCUCUCCAUCCUCCCUCACCGACACUGCCUCCGAAACCAGCACAAUCAGCAGUGACACAACAACAACCCCAACCCUCACUCCUGUUCAGACGCCUACAGACCCAGCCAUGUAUAAACUCUGCUUCAGCGGCAGCUCCAAAUCCCUAGAGAGCCUUGACAGUCAGUUGAGCGGCAUCCAAGGGGGAAGCCGUCCAGCUUCCAGGGUGGAUGCCUGGACCUCGGAGGUCUCGCAGAACUUUUCGACAAAACAGCAGCCGGAUAUUCUGGAGGCAAACCGAAGGAGUAAGGCGUCUGGAAAUCAAAAACAGGUGGUGUCUUCAAAUAGUUUGACUUCUUCAGGGAGUACCUCUGUCAGGACUGCCCCUGUCCAGGAAUCAGUGCCAACCUUCACCACCCAUGUCAUCCAACCUUCCAGUUCAGUCCUUCCGGCGGGAUCCAAAGCUGAGCCUCUUUUGUUACCAUCACCUACUUCCUCACAAUCCUCCUCCCCGACCCAUGAAGGUAAAGUGAAGAUCAUGAACGCCCGGGAUAGGUUUUUCGGUAUAUCAAGAGCUGAGAACGAAGAUACUGAUUCUCUACCUCAAGACGGUGGAGAAACUUUGGAGCAGGACGGCUCAGAUAGAGAUUGUGUUGUUUCUCCUCUUGGGGUGUACCCUGAGAAUUAUAACACUUUGAAGCGACGACCGAGGCAUGAAACAGAAGCCCUGGUCAAGCAGAACUUAGAUCAGGCGUUGGAUCACAGCAGCAGCACUCCUUUGUCUGUGUCCGAAGAACAGUUAAAUGAGCAGUCUGAGAGAUUGACGGUUGCCGCUAAGAAGGGGCUGGACACCCUCCAACGGAAACAGCGCUUUCAGGGUUACGUCAGCAGUGUUCAGAACCAAGCACCUCAGAACUAUAAUGCUAUCAACAGUGUGAAAGAUCCGGUGGUUGGAAACGGUUCCCAGGCCAUGACCAGAGAGCAGAGAGAGGAGAUCUUAAACAUGAUGCGAAAAUCAAAGAACAACAAAGCAGCUUCAUGCAGCUCUCCAACACUGACAGAGCCCAGCAGUAAAGGCCCGGAGGAUCACCAAAGGCAUGAGUUGACUAAGAUCAAUGAGAAUGUUGUCUUUCCUGAUCAGACGGGACAGCAGCAGAAACUCAUUGAGGACAUGGACAAAGAAACCUCUUUCAGGAACUCAUACCAUUUAGGUAUUGAAGCCGAUAACCUUGACCCUGAUCUGGCCAUUAUUCGUGCUGCUGAGGAGAUGGAGCGGCAGCUCCUACAAAAGAGACAGAAGUACAACAUGCCUGCCGUGUCGGCCCCGUCCAAGUCUGAGGAUACUAACAUAUGGUUGCCAAAUUCCACCCCCUUCUCUAGGAACAGCAUAGCUUAUCAUUCAUUUUAUGACACGGAGAUGUGUGGGAAUUCCUUCAGUCAUGUCCCCUCGAUGCUCAUGGACGACAGCUACGUCUAUGACCCAAACAAAAGACCAAAGAGUUCAAUCCUAAAAGUGAGGCGGAAGGGAGAGACAUCCCUGAACGAGGCCAAGAGCAACGGGACAAGGCAUUGGUCUUUAGGCAGGCACACCAGCUUGGCUAUGAGUCCAACAGAUUCCGUCAGCUCUUUGAACUCUGUUAGGAGUAUCACUUUCUCUGAUAUGGUAGACGUUGAGCAUACACCCGUCAAAAUAUGCCUCGUGUCUGGAAAGCCACAAACCCCAAUGGACGACUUUAAGAUGCUUCUCCAGCAACACUCGGGGUCGAGGAGAGGGCAGUCAGCCUGCAGUGCCCUCAAUGUUCAGCCCAGACCUCACCGUGUUCAGAACAAUGCGCAGUUGCUUUACUCAGGGUCCAUGAGCACAAGCAACAAACAGGAAGCACCUAAACAAGGAAGUGCACCAUCUCGGACAAUUGUCACUUUGAAGGACUUGAGGACAGCUAUGGCCAAUCCUGCUACUAACUCCGUCACGGGGGAUCUGGGUCUACCGUACGAGGAGCUGCAAGCUCAGAACCGGAACAUGAGAAGCAGUCCAGCAACAAGUCCAAGCGGAAGCCUCAGUAGACAAGAUCAAGGAGUCAAAUUUAAGCUGGAUUUCUCAGAUGCAGUUUCUGAUGGCGACUCGAGUAAAGCAUCAUCAGGCCCGACAAGGCUUUCAAAUGGGGAUUUGUCAGUUGUUCCUUGUGCUGACAAGUUGGCAAAUCCAGAAGCAAACAGAGAACAGAAAAGAUCAGCGGCUAAAACAGCUCCUGAUUCUCCGCAUGAAAGACCAAAGAAUGAAAGUAUGUCAAACAGUUCAGGAACUCUUUGUACCGCAGAAGCAUCCAACAAUGUAAAUAGUAACAAUUCGGUUGACUCACAGGCAAGUACAUCCAAGAAAGUCACCAAACCCAGUGAGCUUAAGAGCAAAACACCACCACCUAAGAACGGUCCAGGGAUUCUAAACACCAAGCCGCGGCAUCUGACAGAGUCGGCUUCUGACUCCGUCCUGUCUCGCAAUGACCUGAUGGAGGACAUCAGGAGGAGGGGAGCAAGGAGAGACUCCAGGCAAGAAGCCGUGUCAGAGCUGGAGACUAGCCAGGAACACCGAAAGCUGAGUGCCUCGUCCAUGCCUUCGCUGACCACCGCCGGAAAGAGCGGCCUGGGGUCCUUGCUGGACAGCAUGAAGAUCGCCCUCAAGAGUAUGGCAGUGGUUCAUUCUGCGGUGGAUGGCGAGAAUGAGCACGACGGAGCUGCGUGGGAGUAGAAUGAUCAUGGGUGAAUAGAUUACAUUUUUAAGUUGUGUAAUACCUGUUUCAGACAGGCGCUCCAGAGUCACGGCGACCCAAAUUCUGAAUCAAGUUCAUGAAAAAUUUCACGUCUAAAAUAGUUAGCAGUCUGAAAACGACUCUGGAGCGCCGUGGUUUCAGGCGUCGAUCUUGUCAGGAGCCGAGCCAAUGUAAUUGUUUUGUUAAGUUUGCCUGUCUGAAAUCAAAACUGAUUUGGGUCGACCUGGAGUCGCUCCUAAUCUAUUUGGUUCGGCGCGACUCUGGCGCACCUGUCUGAAAUGGGUGUUACUUUUUAUAUUAUUAUUAUCACUUUUUGGUGUAGUUUUACUAUUUGUCUGGUGUUACUUUUUGUUGUGUGGUUUUCUUUUUUGCAAGAGGGAUUCAAAAGAGUUGUUUUAAUUCUACGUGAUCCCAUUCUUGCAUAUGUUCGUAUUUUUUAAUGAUGUAUUACUUUUUUUUUUUUUUUUCAUGUAGUACAAUUUUAAGUAUUCAAAUUUUGUAUUUUUUCGCCUUUUUGGAGAAUGCGGCAAUCCCUCUAGGAUAUAUUUUAAGAGUUUUAAUGCAUCUGUGAAUAUUUAUUUAAAUACAGAGACAACAUUUGGGAGCCAUUAGCAACACUUUCUUUUAUAUUAAUGGAUAAAAACAAAAUACAAAAUUUAAGAGAAUGCCUCUAUUGAGUAAAGCAAGUUUUUUUCCUAUAACUUAUGGUACAAGUAGUUGGACAACCUCACUCUUUAUGUCAUAAUUGUCAGUUAAAGAUUCAGGUACUUUUUCAAAAUGUCCACAUAUUUACAUUAGACUUACGCAGUUUGAAGAUAAUGAUAGUAGAAAG